AUGGGAUACUAUCUCGCUGAUGGCAUAUAUCCGCAAUUAGCAACAUUUGUAAAAACAAUUUCAUCUCCUCAAGGGAAUAGGAGAAAGCACUUUGCUGCAGCCCAAGAGUCGGCAAGGAAGGAUGUGGAGCGUGCCUUCGAAGUACUUCAAACACGAUUUGCAAUAGUGCGUGGGCCUGCACAAUUUUUUUACCCUGAAAUGCUCAAAGACAUUAUGAUAGGAUGUGUAAUUUUACAUAAUAUGAUUGUUGAACAUGAGUGGAAUAACAAUGGAGCAGAAGACUUUGAGUAUGAACAAUUCAACCAACCACUUGAAACAGUGACCUCUGGGCUUACAAAUGACUUUAAGGAGUUCAUUCAAAGCCAUCAUUGUAUUAGAGAUACGGAAACUCAUUCUUAA